AUGGAGGACAAAGAAGCUGCCACCGAUAUCGACAUGGACGUUCCGAUAGCCACAGUAUUUAAUCGGAGGAAGAAGUUGAAAACGAAGAGGAAAGAGCAACCGGAGCAGAAGGCCAUUCCCGACGGAGUCGCCGCCGAGGGUUUCAUUCCCCCCAACCAGAACAACAACAUCAAUGAAGGUGAACUCCCUCCUGGAAUUACCGUUUCCGAGUUCGACUAUUCCGUUCAGAAUCAUUUCAAAGCCGUGGAUACAAUCUCCAGACUCUGCGGAGAGACUGACCAGCAAGGUUUCGAUCCUGCCGAAAUUCGACGCUUAUCAUCUUCCAUCACUUUUAUAAGAGAAUGGAGGCAAUUCAGUUAUCCAUCAAAAACUUUGAGGUUUGUAAAUCAAAGUCUGAGCGGGGGGAAAGAUUUCGUUGGUGCUGUGACAUUACCGCAGUUUUCAUCUGCUGCUGUUCCAAAGAGAAGUGAUGAAAAGGCAGAUGCAACAUUUUUAGAUUCCAGCAACGAUUUUGUUAUGAAUGUCGGAGGUUUAGUUUCAGCGCUCGAUUGGUGUCCGAGAGUCCGUUCACAUUCCAACUGUAAUAUCAGAAGUGAGUUCAUUGCAGUUGCCGCUCAUCCUCCAGAAUCCAGUUACCAUAAAUUGGGUGUACCAGUUGUGGGCCGAGGCAUGUUGCAGGUAUGGUGUGUACUAAGCUUAAACAUGGAAAAAGUCAUGCAAGCUCAGAAUAAGAAAAAGCGGAAACAGAGGUCUAGUGUGAUGGAAGCUGCUUCAUUGGAACCACCUAAACAGAAGGGACCACGAGGUAGACCACGGAAAUGCCCUGUGGAUGUGAAUGUGGAGAAGAAGCCACGUGGUCGACCAAGGAAAACACCUUCUAGUGAAAGCCAGGCUGUUGAAUCUCUCGCAGUCCCGCUCUCAAUAGAUUCAUCCACAUUGCCUAGUGUCGAUAAGGAUUCUAGCAUAAGCAACACCCAUCUUUCCAAGAAGAACUCUACAAAACUGCGGAAAGUGAAUGACAAGGUACCUCUCAAUAAGUCACGUUCUACGGCAUGCAGAAAAUCAAAAGUUAAGGCUAGGACUGGGAUUCAGAAUCCUGAAAGUGCUCCUUGUCAGUCUAGUUUACUUGAGAAUGUAGAAUCAUCCAUCCUGGAUUCUCCAUCAGUGGUGAGUCCACCUGAUACCGUGAGGUGUGACCCUAGCCCAAAUAAGUGUUCCAUUCCCAAUGAUGUUGCUUUGCCUAGAAUGGUUUUAUGUUUAGCUCACAAUGGAAAAGUUGCCUGGGAUGUGAAAUGGCGCCCUUCUGGUGUUUCUGACAAACAAAGAAUGGGUUAUCUUGCUGUCUUGCUGGGAAAUGGUGCACUUGAAGUCUGGGAGAUUCCUUUUCCUCAAACUGUUAAAGUUCUUUUUUCUGAUUCUCAAGGAGAAACUACCGAUCCUCGCUUCAUGAAGUUGCAACCAGUAUUCAGAUGUUCAAGGAUAAUGUUUGGUGAUAGGCAAAGCAUUCCCUUGGCACUGGAAUGGUCAGCGUCCUUCCCACAUGAUAUGAUUCUGGCAGGAUGUCAUGAUGGAGUGGUUGCUUUGUGGAAAUUCUGUAGUACUACUAUGUUACAAGAAAACAAGCCUUUGCUUUGUUUCAGUGCGGACACAGUUCCUAUCAGAGCACUUUCUUGGGCACCUGCCGGAAGUUCUUCUGAGAGUUCAAAUAUUGUUGUCACUGCUGGUCACAAAGGCUUGAAGUUUUGGGAUUUAUGUGAUCCAUUUCGUCCAUUAUGGGAAUUAAAUCCCAUCCAACGGAUUAUCUAUAGUUUGGACUGGGUACCUGAUCCAAGGUACUCAACAGCAGGGUGUUCACAGCUAUUACUGUUCGCAAUUUCCAUUAUGGAGUGUUCAUACCUCCCGAUUAACAGGCAUGGUUGCUUAUUGUGGUGCAGAUGGUGCUGCUCUUCGUUUCCAGCUUACUACCAAGGCCGUGGAAAAGGAUCAUCUGCGAAAUCGAGCACCACAUUUUCUUUGUGGAAUGUUAGCUGUGGAAGAUUUGGAACUAACUAUGUUCACUUCCUUGCCUAAUAUCCCGUUCCCGAUGAAGAAGUCAGAUAAGGAGUGGUCUGAAACUCCAUGGACAAAGCGGUGGGUAACCCACAGCUCUCAUAAAGAGAAGAAAAUUGACGAGGAAUUGGAAAAAGUUCAAACCGAUGACAAGUUACUCAUAAUGACCAGCAAACAGGCAUCCAUAUCAAAACGUAAGAGUAAGAAAAAGUCGGAAGAUGAUCAACAGCUUUUGACUUGCGGAUCCAAUGACGGAGACACAUCUGCAGAUCAACAGCCUCCCCUUCUCAUAAGUGGAGUUGAAAAUGCGCAGCCUAAGAAAGUUGAAGAAUUUCCGCCAAAGAAAAUAGCACUGCAUAGAGUAAGAUGGAAUUUGAAUGAAGGCAGUGAGAGGUGGUUGUGCUUUGGAGGAGCUGCCGGAGUUUUACGCUGUCAUGAAAUAGACAUGUCUGGAGAUUGUGCAUGAUCAGGAUUGAUAAUGUUGCAUGGACGUUUAACUAUUGGGAAGAAUGGUUAUAUUAUAGAGAUGGUGAAAGAUUACAAUGGCACUGGCACAAUGAAUGUGUUACUUACUGAUGGUUUUGUAAAUAACAAAUCAAAACUUUACUGGUGGUUCACCAAAAAGAAAAAGAAAAGAAAAAAACUCCUCAAUUGUAUUGGAGUUUUUUACCGAAAAAAUUAUCAAAGAAAAUACUUGGAUAAAA